AUGCCUUCCACACAUAACGCAGAGAAGCCGUGGGACACGGACGAUAUCGACAAAUGGAAGAUCGAUACUUUCACUCCAAAGGAUAAUGUCGGUGGCACAUUUCUCGAAGAGUCCUCUUUCGCUACUUUAUUUCCUAAAUAUCGCGAAGUUUACCUCAAAGAGUGUUGGCCUUUGGUCACCCGUGCCCUCGAGAAAACCGGCAUUGCCUGUACACUUGAUUUGGUCGAGGGUUCCAUGACAGUGAAGACAACCAGAAAAACCUACGACCCCGCCGCCAUCCUGAACGCCAGGGAUCUCAUCAAGCUCCUCGCACGAAGUGUACCCGCACCUCAAGCCAUCAAGAUCCUCGAAGAUGGGAUUGCUUGCGAUAUCAUCAAAAUCAGGAAUCUUGUGGGAAGCAAGGACAGAUUUGUGAAGCGAAGACAAAGAAUCUUAGGACCCAAUGGCUCGACUCUCAAGGCUCUCGAACUCCUCACAUCGACAUACGUGCUUGUGCAUGGUAACACUGUAUCCGCGAUGGGACCCUACAAGGGACUGAAGGAGAUUCGACGAGUCGUAGAAGAUUGCAUGGCCAAUAUACAUCCUGUCUAUCAACUAAAGCUACUCUUGAUCAAAAGAGAGCUUGCCAAAGACCCUGCACUCCGCGAGGAGAGCUGGGAUCGCUUCCUACCCAACUUCAAAAAGAAGGUUCUCAGCCAGCGCCGCGUUCCCCACCAAGUCAACGACAAGGCCAAGAAGGUCUAUACGCCAUUCCCUCCUGCCCCCGAGAAGAGCAAGGUCGACAAGCAAAUCGAGACCGGCGAGUACUUCUUGGGCAAGGUUGGCAAGGAGCGUGCUGCGCAGGAGGAGCGAAGGGAGAAGCAGCACAAGCGAAAGGAGGAGAAGGUCAAGGAGCGUGAGGCCGAGUUCGUCCCACCGGAAGAAAGCCGUCCCAAGAAGAAGCGCAAGAAGACAGAGGAGUAA